AUGAUUAUGACAACGAUCGCAGUAGUCGUCAUUUUCAUGAAACUGGACAUUAGAAGUUGUAAAACUGGUCAGUGGACGCGCGCAACGUGUGCAAACGUUACAUGCAGCCCGCACUCUGUUAUACCGCUCUUCAAGGAAAAGGUCUGUGGCAGUACAGUUCAUAUCCAGUAUUCAUACUGCUACGUUAGGACUUGUGAUGACUGGGAAGCAACAUCCAGAACAUGCUCCAUUACGGAUCCCGAUGAGCAGGAGCAGACGUAUCUGAUCAGAAAACCGGACACACUCGACUCGGACGCUGUGGUAACAUUCAGGACCUGUUGA